AGAGAAGCUAAGUUUUCAAUCUAGAAUGGUGACGUCAAAAUGGUUAGAGAUCAUUUCCAUGACCUCAUUCGUUUGUUUGACGUGUUUGUUUACGAUGCAAUGGUUUUCAAGUUUCUCCUACUCAACAUGGGAGUUACCUGCUCUCGUUUUAAAAGCACUUGCUCGCGUUAUCAAGAUGAAGUUCUUUCCCGAGUGCAGCCCUGUUUGACCUCAGUUAGGAAAAGGAACAGAAAAGGGAAUCACGAUGACAGUGAGUCUUGUGAGAAGGAAAAAAAUGACUUCGGAAGCAAAGAGAAAAGCCAUAUAGAUGUAAAGCCGUCCGCAUGCGUAGAAACCGAAGAACCAAGCAUUCCUGCUAUUAAAGAAGUUAAAGUUUUACCUCCCAUUCGCACCAGAACUAGUAUUACUACAGUUGAGUACAAGCCCUAUCGUGUAUGGGGAGGCAGUGUAAGCUCUUUUUAUGAGACAAUUCAAAGAGACUCAAUCGUAGACGAUGAGAUUAUAACAGGGGGCAGAAAAAGGAGUAGAAGAACCAGUUCUCUGAGACAGCAUAAAACUGAGCAAGGAAGUGAAGAUGGGCACUUUCUUGAGUGGGAGGUGCAACUUAAGGCGUUGACUGAGGCUGAAGAGCCAAGUGGCCCAAUAGAGAAAGCAGCUUUUGCGAAACGAAGGAGAAAUAACACAAAACUUGCUCCUCUCUCGUCAAACUGAAGCUAAAUGCA